CUUUGUCAUAAUAAUCUCAAGUACGACAAUAAACUUUUCAUAUAUCUACUAAUUUUUAAACGUUUAAGUUUUAUAAAAUAAUUACUACGAAUGUUAAAAUCAGUAAAUAUCACAUACCCAAACAGAAGACAAACUGCUAAAGAUGUAAAAGUUAUAGGUUUACAAGAACCGGUAAGAAGAACCAUGUACGAUAUAGUAAAAGAUAACUUCAAGACUAUUCAAAGAACUGAUUUCUUAAUGCGUAUUGUAUACAUCGGAGAGCAUACUUUUCCAAUAGCAGAUAACACGCUGAAUGAUUUUUUCCUAGAAACCGUUACAAUGGCCAAUGAUAAUUAUCAGUGCAGCGAAAAGAUUACAGGCCUGUUCGUACGAUAUGCUAAACAUUUUAUUCAUCUUUUAGAAGGGGACGAGAUUGCUAUUCACCUGCAUUUAAAGUAUUUAUUUAGAAGCGAAAACCAUAUACAGAAGUUAAAAAACAUGAGAUUAUUAGUACAAAUUAAUCAUGUUCAUUCUAGACUAUUGUGCGACUGGCAAACAUAUAGUUCAAAUCCCGCAAAGUUACUGGAAAAUAUUGAUGCUGAGAAUAUUAAAGAGGAGACAGGUAGGCAGAUCUUUGCAUGCGUUAAAAAAAUGUAUGAUCUGAUCGAGAAAAUGUCCACAAGAGAUAGUGUAAUAGUGACUGCACGUAGUGAACUAGGAUCAAUUCAAUUAGAUACUUUGUCUCUUCGAGAUACCAGCAGCCUGUAUCUCAGACCUAGUCUGAUAGGAGGUUCCCUCAACUACGUUGAUUUUUAUCGAAAAGGACUACCAGAAAUAGAAAGACUAGACUUUAUAAUAAAAUCUCCAUUUCCUAUCGACCUUCAUGCGUUUAAGGACAUAUUUGGAGUUGUGCCCCAGAGAGAUAUCUAUAAAGACAAGGUGUGGCCGGUUCCAGCAGAUUUUAUUCCAUACGAUAUUUUUGAUAAACUUUAUGAUAUUAGACUUGAUUUCCCUAAGUCUGGAGCUGGGGGUGUUCAAGAGUCUGAAGUGGAGGAGGAACAUUUAACAGAGUCAGAUAUAUCGACAAAUGAAGAAAAAACCGAUUAAUACAAAGUUGGUACUGAUAAUAGAAAGUAAAUUGAGUGGCAUCGUUACUAGAGUUUUAAAGAUCCUCAAAUAUAAUGUAUUUAGAUAUGCAUUUUGGCAUUCUAUAAAUGUUUGUUUUAUAGAGGAUAUAAAUAUACGUUACUGCAUAAUA